UUAACAUCUGGAGCAGAGAGGACAACAAUCCUGUUUACACACUGUUGAUCACAGACUGGAUCAUAUGACCAGAGAGAGGAGAAAAGAGGGUGUGAGAAUGAGAGAGAUGAACUGCCAAUGACAGCUGAACAUUCAGGGUUUGGACAGACGACCAAACAGGGAUAAAUAGUAGCUUCUACUUUCCAAAGUUAUGAAUUCUCCAUUUUAUUGGACACUUUGAAAACACUGUCGUCAUGUGGGACAUCGCAGGGGGUUGACUGGACAACUGCAUCUUUUCAACUUCACAGAAGCUGAAAGAGUGACUACCUUCAUGAUGAACUGUGCUGUGAUUCUUCUGUUAACAUCAAGCUGCUUUGCCUGGUCUUCAGCUGCAUAUACCCCCAACAGUGCAGCACCCAAGAAGCUGAAGUAUCUGAUUGACCCGCCUGUGUACCCCGAGGUCGUUGGCCGAAGGGGACAUAAUGUCACCUUGCCGUGUAUUCUGAGGACCAAGCCCAGCCAUUAUAAAGUGAAAUGGACAAAACUGGAGCCAGGACACAUAGGGCCAGAGAAUAUUAUCAUGAUAUCAAAUGCACAUGCCUCUAAGCCAUAUGGCCAUCUUGGACCACGGGCUUCCCUUCGAAAGGCUCACACCAUGGACGCCUCUUUGCAGCUUAGUCAUCUUGAGCUGGAAGACAGUGGCAUGUAUCGCUGUGAGCUGGUCAAUGGCAUCGAGGAUGAGAAUGUUGUCAUAACGUUGAGGAUUGAAGGUGUGGUGUUCCCAUAUCAGAGUGAAAACGGACGCUACAGAUUCACUUUCCAUGAAGCCAAGGAGGCUUGUGCUGAGCAAGAUGGCACAUUAGCCACAUACAACCAGCUCUACAGAGCCUGGACAGAGGGUCUGGACUGGUGUAACGCAGGUUGGCUCCAUGAUGGAACCGUUCAUUACCCCAUAAUCCAUCCUCGACCCGUCUGUGGAGGAGAGCUGCUCCCUGGGAUUCGCUCUUAUGGAACAAGGGAUAAGGACCAUGAUCGGUUUGAUGCCUUCUGCUUCACCUCACAGACAUCUGGCUCUGUCUACUACAUAUCAGGGUCCUUCUCCUUCCAGCAGGCAGGACAUGCAUGUCAACGUCAGGGGGCUGAGUUGGCGUUGGUCGGCCAUCUUUACGCUGCCUGGCGUUUCCAAAACUAUGACCAGUGUGACGGCGGAUGGCUGAGAGACGGCAGCGUACGGUUCCCCAUCAACAACCCCAGGCAGCGCUGUGGAGGCAUCCCAGAGGCAGGGGUGCGCUCAUUUGGAUUCCCUAACAAGAUGGCACACCUUUACGGAGCCUAUUGCUAUAGGUAGCCUCAAAUAAAACCUGACAUGUCUCAGAGCAUCUCAGAGCUGCAUAAACAAGAACAAAUGAAUUUACUGCACAGUAUCAUUUACAGGACUGAACCACCAACAGGACAAAUUACAGUCCCAAGACAGACACCUCACAUCUGAAGCAACAGACAAUUACUGGCAACAGAAUUCUAUGGUUCUAUUUCACUACUACUAUUGACGAAAUUAAAUCAGUCACAUAAUUUAGACCAGCAGUCCCAAACCCUUUUCACACCACGGAUCGGUUUCAUGCAAGAUCAUAUUUUCACGGACCAGCCGUCGGGGCGGGGGGGGGGGGUUCAAAAUUACCGGAAUACAAAUUUGGCAUAAAAAACAAACAAACAAACAAAACAAGGCGUAAAGUGCAUAAUAAAUACAACUCACCAUAACGCAACAGCAGGCAGCAUCAGGUCUCCGUAAACAGUGAAAGACUCCUUAGCCUUAGCAACACGGUUAGCAACGAAGUACGGUGCUCCCGGUGAAGACGUGCUUCUUUUACGUUUUUUUUUUUUUCAAAGACAUUGUAUUCAGGCUUGUCUUUUAAUGCAGGGAGCUUUGUCUCUCUGUGUCAAAGCAGUUUUGGAGGCUUCACUGCCUCAUUUGAUGUUACCUGUUGCCACAUAUUAUGUAGAGCGAGCCUGGAGCACGUGAAUCACCUGUCGCGAUAAGGCCGUAUUUUAAGUUGCUCCACUAAAUGCAGCUUUGUUUUUCUUGACCGUCUUAGGCUUUUCUGCUGUCUCGUCAUUCACAUAGACAUUUGUUUCUAACUCGUUUUAACUAGUUAGCUAGCUAGUUUAGUUUGUCGGGCAUCACAGCCGUGACAGACAGGUGUAUCAGGAGGCACUGACGGAUGUGAUGGGCAGAGAUUCCGGUCAUUUUUCAAAAUAAAACACCCGGCAGGCUCCAAUAGUCAAUAACUUGAAAUAAUCUAAAUUUUUUUAUUCUUUCUGUGCGGAUUUAGACAUUAUAUGAGUGCCACACCACUACUAUUCAUUGUAAACAGGGUUUUUUUAGUCCAAAACAAAAGGUGAGUGGGUUCAGAAACUACUUUAGACAGUAACUCUAAACUCAGAUUAUUUUUUUAGUCUACUUUCUCAACAAGAAAUGAGACUGAAUAUUUCUUCCAUAUGACAAAAAGACAGUACAAAUCUGUGUUAAACUGAUAUAAAGAGAAAUUUUGUUGCUUGUGUCUCCAACAGCUACCAGAAGUAAUAAUCUGUUUACUGUGGUUUAUUUUGGAUAACACCAGCUUCUGUGGCUAAUGGAAUAAUUAGUAGAAUGGAAGUAAAUGGUGAAAAACAUGGUACACAUACACAAUCAUCUUACAGCAAACCUGUAAUAACUUCUUGACAGUUUGUCUGUUUAACAUGACAUUAAACUGCUUCCUGUGAGCAAAGCAGCUAAAAUGUACUUUAAGGAUGAACUGGUUUAUCUGUAAAUUAAUGACAUGUGAUUUAAUUUAUUCAAUAAAGAUAUGUCCACAUAU